CACAAUAGCCGGGAAGAAGCACAGUGGUCGCGACGCGGGCCGCAGCUCCCCUCCAAUCGUGUGUAGGCUGCCCCCACCCGGCGGCCGGGCCGACCCGCGGCCGGCAGACACACACGCGCCACACUCACUGCGCCAGCAGCGACCGCGUGGCUUUUGCCCCUACGACUGCGAGCAGCGACUCGGUGCCCGCGGCUGUGCGACUGUGUGUGUUGUGUGACUGACAGCAGCGGCAUGGCGCUACCAGCCGGCGCAGGACGCGAGUGAUAUGUUCGGUGCUUAGGUGUCUGGCGCGCGUGUGUAUGUGAGAGCGGACAGUGGACAGCUACGGCGCCUCUUGGAUGAGUCAGACUCUGGCCUGUAACAUGAGCAUGGAUUCGGUGAUGGACUCGUCGUCGACGAACAGCGAGCACAGCAGCAACGCGUCCUCGGCGUCGCCGCCGGUGGUGAUCAAGCCGCCGCUGACGCCGCCCCCGCAGCCGCCGCCCCCGCCGCCACCGCAGCAGCACAGCCCGCUGAGCAUGGUGCGGCACCCCGGAAGCCCACCGGGGGCGGCGCCGCCCACUCCGGGCCAGCAGCUGAGCCCGCCGCCCGUGUCGACGCCGAGCGCGAUGGGCGGCGGAGGCCCGCUGUCCCGCAUGCCGCCGCUGCCGCCGCCCAGCCUGGGGCUGCUCAACAGCCUGGGCGGCGCCGGGCUGAUGCACCACUCGCCGCUGGACCUGAUGGCCGCCGCCCACCACGGCGCCGGCGGCCCUCCGCGGUCCUACAACUCGCCGCCGCCCAUCUCGACGUCGGACCCGACGGCCAACGAGUGCAAGCUGGUGGACUACCGCGGCCAGAAGGUGGCCGCCUUCAUCAUCGCGGGCGACACCAUGCUGUGCCUGCCGCAGGCGUUCGAGCUGUUCCUCAAGCACCUGGUGGGCGGCCUGCACACCGUCUACACCAAGCUGAAGCGCCUCGACAUCGUGCCGCUCGUCUGCAACGUGGAGCAGGUGCGCAUCCUGCGAGGCCUCGGCGCCAUACAGCCGGGCGUCAACCGCUGCAAGCUGCUCUCCUGCAAGGACUUCGACGUGCUGUACCGCGACUGCACCACCGCCAGGCCUGGGCGGCCGCCGAAGCGGGCGUCGGUGGGGCUCAGCAUCGCCGCCUCGCACCUGGCGCCGCACCACCACGCGCUCAAGAAGCACCGCCUCGACAACGGCGACUACCCCGGCUACGAGAACGGACACCUCGCCGAGCCGCCGCGCAUGGAGAAGUCUCCGCUGCUGGCCAACGGGUACAACCAGCCGCCGACGCAUCUCAACCACAUGCAGUUCCUGCCGCUCAACCACCACCCCGCGGCGGCGCACACGGCCAUCCUGUCGCCCGCGGGGAUGCCGCACCACGGCAUGCAGCGCGCCGACGGCUCCAUCAUCAAGGGCCAGCCCGCCAUGCCCGGCAUGGAGGCCAUCGCCAGGUCCGGUAUUUGGGAAAACUGUCGGGCUGCCUACGAAGACAUCGUCAAACAUCUAGAAAGGCUCAGAGAAGAGCGCGGCGAGACGGAACGGGCCCUGGCGUUGGACCAUAAGGUGCGGGACCUCAGUUCGCACAACGGCUCGAGCAACGGCCACUCGCCCGUGCUGAACCUGAGCAAGAGCGGCGCGGGCUCCGGCGGCGAGCACUCGGGCAGCGAGGCGGGACACACGGCCGAGCCCGACGACGAGGAAGACGACGAGAACGUCAGCGACGUCGACGACGACGACGACAAGGACGCGGGCGAGCUGAGCGACGCGGGUGAGAUGGCGGGCCCGCAUCCGGGCUCGGAGUCUCCGCACGCGCUCAACUACUCUGCGCUGGGCGCCGCCGGGGUGCCCACCGCGGAGGGAGUCUCCUCCACAGAGACGCUGCUGCGGAACAUCCAGGGCCUGCUCAAGGUCGCCGCCGACAACGCGCGCCAGCAGGAGCGGCAGAUCAACUACGAGAAGACCGAACUGAAGAUGGACGUUCUGAGAGAACGCGAGGUUAAGGAGAGCCUGGAACGCCAGUUGCUGGACGAGCAGAAGAUAAGGGUGCUGUACCAGAAGCGGCUGAAGAAGGAGCGCAAGGCGCGCCGGCGGCUCCAGGAACAGCUGGAACUGGAGAUGAAGCGGCGGGCGCAGCUGGAGGAGGCUCUGAAGGCGAGCGGCGCCGCGCCGGACACGCUGCGGGUGCUCAGCACCUCGUCGCUGCAGUCCGCCAAGCCAGAGGGCAGCGGCGCCGGCGCCGGCUCUGGCGGGGAACACCGCGUGCCCGCCGACCAAUCGGAGCCCGCCUACCCCCGGCAGCCGCCCGCGCACGUGCCGGAGCCACCUAGCGAGAAGCAGUGGAACUACUCGGGACUGGACCUGAUGGGCUCCGGGGCGGCGUUCUGGCAGAACUACUCCGGUCAGUACCAGUACCACAAAUACUUGCCGGCGGUGACGGAGUCUUUGGCACAGGAGCUCGAGUUAGAGAGAAAAUCGCGCCAACAGCAACAACAGCAGCAACAGCAACAGCAACAGCAGCAGCAACACGCCGAGAGGGACGUCAAGUCGCCCCUGCAAGAAUCACGUGCUGGAUACUACAAGAAUUCAGUUCUGUUCACGAGCGCAACCUAGUUCGGCCAGUGGGGGCAGUAACGUACCAUCCACCAGCUGGACGCCGGUUACGUCUUACGAUGAUUGUGUUGCCUUUGAUUUUUGCGACAGUGUUAAUGCAACUUAACGCUACAUAGUGAUUUUGCGAAAACAGAAGAGGGAAGUUAGUAGAUCUCACAGUUUUAACGUAGGUACGAGUUUAGUGGUAAGCACUGCCUCAGUACGGGAAGAAAGACAUCUUGUUUUUAAGUCUGAGAAGAAACGGAAGCAUAGAACUCUGUAACUACAGUGUGAAAUCGUACGCCACCGCAAGUGCCGACCAACAAAUUGGACACACAGUGGCUUAGCGUAUGGUGUUAUAUGGACUGUGGGUUAGCUGAAAGCGUUUCCAGUUGAUAUGAUUUGGUUCCACAGGCGACUUACUAUUCAGUUCGAUGAAACGCAGAGACAACCAAACAGUGAAACAUGUAUUUAUCAGAUUAACAUUUAUUUAUUUAUUUCACGAUGUGUUUUCCACCGACGGAUACGACGAGAUGUCUUGAUACGUACAUUAAAGGGCCCCUGUGAAGGUUGCAAUUGCUUGCUGCUAAUUGUAACACUUGUACUGGGGCCGGGAAAGGCAUGCGGACUUAAGAAAUAGCGUUGCCGAGUGGUUGUAAACAGAAAAAAUUUUUACGUGACUGUUAUUAUUAUGAAAUACUUAAGUUAUAAAGAAGGCUGUUACAUGCAUUGUCGGUAAAACUCUCGUUUUACUUACACAGCAAAGGCUGGUUAGAAGUAAUAAAAUGCAUUGAAAUGUUUAACAUGUUUUCAAGCUUUUCCUACUUAACGGGCGUUGAUUGAUUGUGCUUAAGUUUUGGAGAUGAACUAUUGCGUCCGAUUUCUAAGAACUAGUAGCAGAUGGAGACCACAUAUCGUAGAAGCUCUUGAAACUGGUUCUAGAUUUUCGGGAAGGUGAUGUGUAAUGAAUAUAUCUACGAGACAGAACUAAUACAACUGACUGUAUGAAUAUAAUAACAUACUUAUUAAUUAUAACUUAUUAUACAUCUUUUAAACACUGUGUGAGUGGAAAGACGACUUGUGAAGGUGACUUUCUGUAUGACAGUGCAAAUUAAAUUAGAUAGCUUACCUGGAUUGUGAAAGUUGAAGUAGUUACUGUUCAAAUGCAAGAGCGAAAUAAACUGCAAAUUAAAGCAUUCUGCAGUUAAUAAGAGGGAUAUCUGACAUCCUUCAACUGCAUACUUGAUGUGUACAAAAAAAUUAAAAUGUGUGAAUGGGAUGAUAAAUUUCGUUCAGAAAAGAUUUUAUGUAGCUAUUUAUGAUUGAGUGAAAAGAGGCAUAUUGAAAUGAUUGUGAACUUGAUUUUAAUGUAAUACACACGAAUCAUCUUGUAGUAAAUAAUUACAAUAUUAUCUAUAUUACAAAUAUAUAUAAACAAAGUAAUAGGCUUCGUAAUUCCUUGUAAAUGGUUGUUAUUACAUGCAUUUAAAUGAGUAAAAGGAACAAAUUCUCUUUGUACAUGGUAGUAUUUCAUAAAACAAAACUGGCUUCUUAUUUCUAAAACCCAUUCUUCAGAUAUCUGCCGUAGUAAUGUAAAACAUUAUCCUCUGUAUAUUGUCAGUGUUGCACAAUAACAGUCUAGUAUUAAAUAGAGGAACUGUAAUUAAUUGUAUGGGAUUUUGAGCAUGCUGUUAUAAUUUUCCAUAGUUUCAUCUACUGCAUGUCUAAGGUUUAACACCCAACAUUAACUUAUGGUACACAGUAUAAGAAAACUAUCAGUCAAAACAAAUAAUAAUCCGAAAGCGCGAAAGUAAUAACUUUCCAGUAAGGACUGCGUAUUGUUGUACCAUUUGUAAUGUCUGUUUACACAUAGAUUUUUCUACAAGCUUUUGAAAAUAAUUUUAGAACUUCCUUUAUUUAGCUCAUUAUGCUGAGUACUGGUACUUUAAUGUUUAUUCUUUAUGAUUUUUAUAAUUUCUCUCAAAUUAGGCAAAUUUAGUUCUGAUUCUAAAACCAUAUAAGUAUAUAAUAC